GGGGAGAGAGACUCUGGGCUGCUGCUGCCGCUGCUGCUGCUGUGUGGCUGUUUCUUCACACUCGCUGGCAGGCUUGGUGCCGGUUCCCUCGCUCGCCCGCCUGCCCGCCUGCCCGCCCGGGAAAGUGGGUUACAGAGGGAAGAAGCUCAGCGCAGACCCUGGGCAUCCCCUUACUGGCAAAGGAGCAUCCAGCCACAGACAGACCAGAGAAGAACAUCUUCUCUUUUGUAGCCUUGUCUUCUUCUUUCCUAGAGGGUUUUAUAUUUGCACUGUUUGUUUUUAUAUUGCGUUCCUUUGACUUUCUUUCGCCCUGUUUGGGCUUUAUGAAGGCUCUGUGAAAUCUUAGAGGGAAAGACACUGAGCUGGUGAAAGAGAGGAGCAAAGUGAAAAGGCUCACAAACUGGAAAAGCCCCUUCUGCCUUUGCGCGGAUGAAAGCCCCGCGCUCGUAAAGCCCUCUUCGCGGCGAGCAGCACGCGCGCACACGCCGCCACAGUCCACCCGCCUGCGGACCGCAACUCGGCCUGGCCACCAUGGUCGCCAAAGUUCAGCCUGAUCGCAAACAGUUGCCGCUGGUCCUACUGAGGUUGCUCUGCCUUCUUCCCACAGGACUGCCUGUUCGCAGCGUGGAUUUUAACCGAGGCACGGACAACAUCACCGUGAGGCAGGGGGACACCGCCAUCCUCAGGUGCGUUGUAGAUGAUAAGAACUCAAAGGUGGCUUGGUUGAACCGUUCUGGCAUCAUUUUCGCUGGACAUGACAAGUGGUCUCUGGAUCCCCGGGUUGAGCUGGAGAAGCGCCAUUCUCUGGAAUACAGCCUCCGAAUCCAGAAGGUGGAUGUCUAUGAUGAGGGUUCCUACACUUGCUCAGUUCAGACACAGCAUGAGCCCAAGACCUCCCAAGUUUACUUGAUCGUGCAAGUUCCACCAAAGAUCUCCAACAUCUCCUCAGAUGUCACUGUGAAUGAGGGCAGCAAUGUGACCCUGGUCUGCAUGGCAAAUGGUCGUCCUGAGCCUGUUAUCACCUGGAGGCACCUUACACCCACUGGAAGAGAAUUUGAGGGAGAAGAAGAAUACCUGGAGAUCUUCGGCAUCACCAGGGAGCAGUCAGGCAAAUAUGAAUGCAAAGCUGCCAAUGAGGUCUCCUCAGCGGAUGUCAAACAAGUCAAGGUCACUGUGAACUAUCCUCCCACUAUCACAGAAUCCAAGAGCAACGAAGCUACCACAGGGCGACAAGCUUCACUCAAGUGUGAAGCCUCUGCAGUGCCUGCACCUGACUUUGAAUGGUACCGGGAUGACACCAGGAUAAACAGCGCCAAUGGUCUGGAGAUUAAGAGCACGGAGGGUCAGUCCUCCCUGACGGUGGCCAACGUGACCGAGGAGCACUAUGGCAACUAUACCUGCGUGGCUACCAACAAGCUAGGGGUCACCAAUGCCAGCCUCGUCCUUUUCAGACCUGGGUCGGUGAGAGGAAUCAACGGAUCCAUCAGUUUGGCCGUACCACUGUGGCUGCUGGCAGCAACUCUGCUCUGCCUUCUCAGCAAAUGUUAAUAGAAUACAAAUUUAAAAAUAA